UGUUUGUCCUUAUCGCACGUGCGGGGUUCUCAGCCACCGACCACCAUACCUUGUUUCUUCGGUCAGCGACAUCGUCGCCUCUCUCCCUUGACUUGUGUCUGUUUCCGUUUCCCCGAUUGUCGUCGAAUUGCUGAUUUUCUACAGGUUUACUGCUAUUUGUUUCUUUCGGAAGUCUCUAGGGUUUUGAUUCGUGUCGGAUUAAGGUCAAUACAUAAAAAAAUAUUCGAACUCCUGGACCAACCCACACAUGGUUGAAUGAUAUGGCACUUUCAGGUGACAAUAUGCAUGUUGUUCAGCCUCCGCCGCAGAUGCAGACUCCCACUAGUCGAUUACGCAACGCUGUUCGAAAAAAGAUUUAUGCUAUGAUAUCUAGCUUACACAAGAAGGUUCCUGCAAGUGGCUCGCUUGAACAGCGGGAACAAAAUUUAAAACAGCUCACUAUAUUGCUUGAUGAAAACCUCUGGUCGCAGGCCAAGUCAUCAGAGAAGGCCUACGCAGAUCCAGGAGAUCUUGAAGCCCGCGUUGUUUCUCUUCUCAAAGUAAUUAAAUACAAGUGCCUUUUGCAGAAGCAGCAGCAGCAGCGGCGUGCUUGUCCUCCUCCAACUUCUUCUUCUGUUGACAUGAUGACCGUUUCAUCUUCAUCACAUCCUCUCCAUUCUAGUACUAACAACAACAACAACUUCGCUGGAGGAACUUUCCAGUCUGGAAACAACAUUCCUUGCACAACAUCUGGAGGGUUCCCUGUCGUACCUGGGUUUCAAAGAACCGAGCCACUCUACAGUGAUGGUGCACAUUACCAGAUGGUUGAUGUUUCUAGGCCCCAACUUACUUGUUCUAUACCUUUUGGUUCAAGUCAUCUCCAAGGAGUUGUAAUGCCAGCUGUUGUUGCUCAGGAUACACGUCAGUUCCACCCGAAUCCUACCUUCACAAAUAAUCAGCCGUACCCACUUCAUCAUCAGCUCGGGAAUACGACUUUCCAAUCUGCUUCCCCACAACAACUAAUCUUUGACCGUCAAGCUCCUGCUAGUAGGCAACCUUCUCGACAGCUGCAGAAUCAACAUCAUUUACUACCCCAUCGGACUCAGCGUUCCUCUCUUCCUGUCAACCAUGGACCAAGCUUGGAUUGUUGUUACAAUGUAGCUCUUGAGCAAAACGGAUCCAAGUUGCAGUACCAACACAAUGCUGCUCGUCUUACUUCUUCUCCAUCUCUCCCACCACAUCCACAUCCUCAUGAUCAGAAGCAGUCGCCAUCAGUCCUGGUUCAUAGGCAUUCAUCUCUUCAGAACUCAACACAUUUAUCAGAGGAAAAUUAUGGAGACAGAGAACGUAUUGGGGCUAUUGUAAGUCCUAUGCAGACCCCAGAAUCAGAAUCUCUUCAUCGCUGCUCUUCUGCAAGAGCGCCUCAAAACAAUAAUGGAGAGAGAGAACUUACUAGGGCCAACUCGUGUCAAACAAAUCCUAUGCAGCCCGAACGCUGCUCGUCUGAAAGAGCGACUCUAACUGUUUGUCAUGCUGAGAGGAAAGGUCUUGUAGAUGGAGGAAACAAUACAUCAAGUAAACAGGUUAAUGGAGAUGGUAGUCAAGAUGUUAGGAAUCAGAUUCGGUGGCUUCUAUUUAUGGAGCAUGCACGUUAUUGCAGAGCAACAGGAGAUACGUGUCUGUCCAAGUUCUGCCUUCCUGUCAAAAAGCUACUGGAACAUAUGAAACGCUGCAAGGUCCCUGAUUGUACAGAACCACGUUGUUGGCAAACUCGGAAACUGCGUCUCCAUUACGAGGAGUGCAGGAACAAAUCCUGCCCUGUCUGUGUAACUGUCAAUGAUAACAUCAAAAAGAAUAGAAACAAAAGAGACGCUGCUCGACCAAUGGAAUCUUCAGAGCCUGUGCAAGCACACAACAACGACAACAACAAAAGAGGCGCUGAAGCUAUAUCUGUUGGUGAUGAUAAUCUGCAACCCUCAUUUAAGCGCCUGAAAAUAGAGCAACCCUCCCAGAUUGCAACUUGUGAGAGGGAGAGCAUGUCCGCGUCAGUAAGUGGUUCUUCAAUGCCUAAGAAAGAGAGAUAUGGUUUGCAAAGUGUCAAGGUUGAGGUUAUGCCUAUGGACAUAGAUGUUACCCUGGAGCUGGAGAAGCAUGUUUCUGGAUUUAUUCCCAUGGGUGGCGAAUCUGCUGUGGAUGAAAAAACUAUAUGUUUAUCGUCACAAGUGAAACCCAAAUGUAUGAAUGAAAUGGGUGCACCAAAGAAGGAGAAUGUGAAACAAUGCAUGGACGAUGUAGAUGAGUCUAAGAUGGAAAUCUCCUCAAUGGUUGAAUUGUUUACUCCAGAGCAAGUAAAGGAGCAUAUCCGCGGUCUUCGUCAAUGGGUAGGCCAGAGUAAAACCAAGGCGGGCAAAAACAAAGCAAUGGGGGGCUUCAUCUCUGCGGAUGCUUGCCAGUUAUGUGCUAUCGAGAAGCUUGUGUUUGAGCCAAUACCUAUUUACUGCUCCCCUUGUGGUGUGCGCAUCAAGAGAAAUGCCUUUCAUUACAGUGUUGCUGCUGGUGAGUCACGGCAUCAUGUCUGCGCAACUUGCUACAAUGAAGCGCGUGAAAACUCUGUUUCUGUUGAUGGAACUUGUAUACCGAAAGCAAGGCUUGAGAAGAAGAAAAAUGAUGAACAAGUUAUUGAAGGGUGGGUGCAAUGUGAUAAGUGCCAAGCGUGGCAGCAUCAAAUUUGUGCUUUGUUCAACAGCCGAAGGAACCAUGGCGAAGCCACCAAGUACACUUGCCCUAAUUGCUAUAUACAAGAGGUGGAACAAGGAGAAAGAAGACCAUUUCCAGAGAGUGCCAUUCCUGGGGCAAAGAGUUUACCACAUACUACUCUUAGCAACCAUAUAGAGGAGCGGUUAUUCAAAAACUUGAACAAGGAAAGACAAGCGAGGGCUAGGUUUCAAGGAAAAAGUUAUGAGGAGGUUCCUGGAGCCGAAUCACUUACUGUCAGAGUUGUGGCAUCAGUUGACAAAGUAUUAGAAGUAAAGGAAAACUUCUUGGAGCUUUUCCGAGGAGAAAAUUAUCCAUCUGAAUUCUCUUAUAAGUCAAAGGUCAUAUUGUUGUUUCAGAAGAUUGAAGGUGUGGAAGUGUGCUUAUUUGGCAUGUUCGUCCAGGAAUUUGGAACAGAAUCUGGACCUGCCAAUCAGCGGCGUGUAUACCUCUCCUAUCUGGACUCGGUAAAGUAUUUCAGACCUGAGGUUCGAACAGUUUCUGGAGAAGCCCUCCGCACGUUUGUGUACCAUGAAAUUCUGAUUGGUUAUCUUGAUUACUGUAAGAAACGUGGUUUCACAAGCUGCUACAUAUGGGCGUGCCCACCACUAAAGGGUGAAGAUUAUAUCCUAAACUGUCAUCCUGAAAUCCAGAAGACGCCAAAGACUGAUAAACUAAGGGAAUGGUAUUUAGAAAUGCUAAGGAAAGCUUCAGAGGAAGAUGUGGUGGUUGAAUGUACAAACCUCUAUGAUCAAUUCUUUGUCCAGCCUGGCGAAUGUAGAGCUAAUGUAACUGCUGCAAGGUUGCCCUAUUUCGAUGGGGAUUACUGGCCAGGUGCUGCUGAGGAUUUAAUACAACAAAUGCGCCAAGAAGGUGAUGGGACCACCACUAAGUUAAAUAAAAAAGGAUACACCAAAAAGGUCAUAUCGAAAAGAGCCCUAAGAGCAAUUGGCCAGUUGGACCUUUCUGUCAAUGCCUCAAAGGAUCGGCUAAUGAUGCAAAAACUCGGUGAGAUCAUUUGUCCAAUGAAGGAAGAUUUUAUCAUGGUUCACUUACAACAUUGCUGCAAGCAUUGUUGCACCCUCAUGGUAUCUGGAAAUCGGUGGGUGUGCAACCGCUGCAAGAAUUUUCAGAUAUGUGACAAGUGUUACCGAGUGGAACAGAAGCGCGCAGAGAAAGAGAGGCAUCCAAUCAAUCGGAAAGUGAAGCACUCACUGUUUCCUGUGGCUAUCAAAGACGUUCCCAUUGAGAUCAAGGACAAAGAUGAAAUCAUUCAGAGCGAGUGCUUUGAUAAUAGGCAAGCUUUCCUGAAUCUUUGCCAAGGCAACAACUAUCAGUACGACACACUAAGGCGGGCGAAACACUCUUCCAUGAUGAUUCUCUAUCAUCUACACAACCCAAGUGCCCCUGCGUUUCCCACCGCAUGCACCAUCUGCCAACAAGAAAUCCAAAAUGCUCAAGGAUGGCACUGCCAAGUUUGUACGGCCUAUGAUGUCUGCGAUGCCUGUUACCCUAAGGCGUCUAUCAACCAUUCACAUAAACUGAUAAGCCGUUCAUCUGCUGCUGAAACUACUAGUGUACAACGCAACGGGAAAGCUAAUCAAAUCUUGUUUGACAAGAUGAUAGAACUGCUUGUACACGUAGCAACUCCAUGCCACUCUGCACAAUGCCAAUAUCAACGGUGUCGCUGGAUGAAGACGGUAAUUAGACAUAUAAUGAAUUGUAAGAUGGCUUGUGAAGAUUGCACCAAGUGUAGGCAAUUUUGGACACUCAUCAGAAUGCAUUCCCUCUCCUGCAGAGAUUCCCAAUGCACUGUCCCAAAAUGCAGAGAUUUCAAAGCAGCUACUAGGAGACGGCAGCAGCAGUCAGAAAAACGGCGUAGAGCUGCUGUAACGGAGAUGAUGCGGAAAAGGGCUGCGGAAGCCACCCAGACUUGCUAACUUAUGUGACCAACAAGACAUGAUUGCUGCAUUUUCAACAGCAUCUAUGGAAGGUUUCAGAUUAUGUUUUGCUUUUUUUUGAAGUGCUAACCUCAAAUCUGAUAUAGGCUGCUGAGUAAACAGGAAAUAGGAGCAAAGGAGAAGUUUAGUAGUGUCUGCUAACUAUAAGUUAGAAUUAGAGGAUGUACAUAUAUAUAUGGAAGGUAUAGAUAUGCCAAAUGAAAGAGAGAUGUUAGGUUUUACUUAAACUCUUUGUAUUGACUGCAAAAUUCCAUCUCUUUUGUGUAUUGAUUCUUUUGUUAAAAGAAAAUGAUAGGAAUUUGGCAGUAUAUUCAUAUUACUACUCUUUUCUAAAUAGAG